AUGAUUAACGGGUCGAGUUUUUGUCCAUCAGAACCGCCAUUUUGGUAUAACCCAAUUUUAAGAUCAAUCGGAUUAUUUUCAACAUUUUUGAGUAUUUUUGGAAUGUAUUUGACAUUAGGAAAAACUAACAAAAAAUAUAAUUAUCGAUAUUGUCAAUUUUAUAUGCAGGUUUUAAAAUUUGAAAUUUAUUUUCUAUUUUUUUCAUACGGGUUUUUUCUAGAUAACUGCACUUUUGACUGAAUUACAUAUUUCUUUGGCUAUGCCAGCAUAUUUCUAUUUUCCAAUAACAGGUGGAAUAAACUGUGGAUUUUGGAAAACCUAUCAAAUAAGACUUGGGAUAACUUCAAAUUUCCUAAUCGUAAGUUCACUUUCAAAAAAUCAUUUCAUACAUAAUUUUCAGUCAAUUUUUAUCUUUUUAUUUUCAUUCCAAGUUCCUGCAAUUCUAUCAUGUUUUUUCUAUCGAUUUUUCGCAACAGCUUACAUUUCUCCAGAAAUUCUAACAAAAUCUAUUCGACACAGUAUUAACCUAAUUCUUGGUUUAUAUCACUUUUUACCAUUUUUGAUGGCAUUUUCACUAUAUCAUUCAGGAUUAACUUCUCAACAGAAAUAUAAUGUGAUAAGUAAAAACUAUCCAGAUUGUUUGCAUAUUUUGAAUGAUUUCACUCUAGAAAUUUAUGAUUUUAAUGAGAAUCCGACAUUUAUAGUUUAUGGGAUUAUUUCUUCAACAAUGAUAGUUGGAGCAUUUUCAAUAGCAUAUCUCACAGCUUGGAAAAUUGUAAAAAUUCUUAACGAGUUUAAAAGUUUUAUGAGUUAUAAAACCUAUCAACUUCAUCGUUCAUCAAUAAUUUCACUAAUUACACAAGUCUCUGGACCAAGUUGUGUACUUGGUUUUCCUAUUGUUAUAGCCUAUAUUACAGUAGCCGGACAAUUCACAGGUCUACAUGGUGUGUUUAAUUGUUUUUUAAAUAUUUUAUCAAAAAGAAUUCAAGGCCUGGCUUCAACCACAACAUUUUUCGUUUCAAUGCAUUCAAUUGUUGAAACAACAUGUAUGAUUCUAACAACACCAAGUUUUCGAAAAAUGGUUCUUCCAAAGUUUUUGUUAUCUUUUGAUAAUUCACAAGAGAGGAGACAAAGUACAUCAACUCGUAAAUCUAUUGUCACAUUUUUUUAA